UUGCCUCGCCUCAGCCUCGCUCAGCUUGCCUGACUGGAAUUUCUGGCCCGUCCCUUCUGCGCCCGGACGGCCAGGUAGCAGCAGGCCCCGCCUGGGUUCAGGUAUUGCGGCCACUGGCGGCCCAGAGGGAGACCCUCAACCUCGCUGGCGCAAGGAGAAAAGUUUUCCUGGGAGUUUGGCAAGGGGAGAGGAGAGGAGAGGCGGGGCGGGGGGCUCUCCUCUUCACUCACGCACUCACUCACUCCCUCACUGCUGUUCCUGCUCUUCCUCCGCGUUGGAGUUGUCAUCCUCACAUUGCAACAGCCCUCGUCCUCUUCAGGGCGAGCAGCGCGGCUGAGGCGAGGAAAGCGCCUUCCUUCUCGGCGGAGAUGGGCGCGCCUUGGUUGUCCCGCGGGCCGCUCCCGCUCCUGCUCCUGGCCUUGGGGCUGCUGGCCAGGGGCUCCUGCGCCGCCGCGGACGAGAAGCGAGUUUGUCAAGGAACCAGCAACAGAUUAUCACAGCUUGGAAGUGUGGAAGAUCACUACAACAGCUUAAAGAGAAUGUAUGAAGACUGUGAAGUGGUACUUGGCAACCUAGAAAUCACAUGUCUAGAACCAAACUAUAAUCUCACUUUCUUGAAGAGCAUACAGGAGGUAGCUGGUUAUGUGCUCAUAGCAUUAAACACAGUGAAAGUUAUUCCUUUGGAGAAUCUCCAGAUAAUCCGAGGAAAUACCCUUUAUGAAAACGCUGCUCUCACUAUUUUACUAAAUUAUAAUGAAAUCGAGGGACUCGAAGAACUUCCAAUGAGACGUUUAGCAGAAAUUCUAAAUGGAGGUGUUAAAAUAGUUGGUAACCCUUAUCUCUGCAACAUUAAUAAUAUUCUGUGGAAUGACAUUAUAGAAUCAACCAAAGGUUUUUUGCUGUUUGAUACUGUUGAAAGAAAAGAUACAUUGCCAGCGAUUAGCAAUAAAACUUGUCUCCCAUGCCAUCCCAACUGUACAAGUGGACACUGUUGGGGUCCUGAUUUAGAAAAUUGCCAAAUAUUAACAAAGAUUGGCUGUGCAGAACAGUGUUCAGGUCGAUGCAAGGGGAAGUUGCCAAGUGACUGUUGUCAUACUCAGUGUGCAGCAGGAUGUACAGGCCCUAAAGAGAGUGAUUGCUUGGCAUGCCGCAAAUUUUGGGAUGAUGCAACCUGUAAGGAAUCUUGCCCCCCUUUGCAAGUGUAUAAUCCUACAGCCUAUCAGUUGGAAGACAACCCAGAUGGAAAGUACAGCUUUGGAGCCACUUGUGUGAAAAAGUGUCCACAUAACUAUGUUGUAACAGACUACGGCUCAUGUGUCCGAUCAUGUAAUCCAGACUCCACUGAGGUGGAGGAAAAUGGAAUUAGAAAGUGUAAAAAAUGUGAUGGGCCAUGUAGCAAGGUGUGCAAUGGAGUUGGAGCAGGUAAUCUUACAAGUGCUCUUGCUGUGAAUGGAUCCAACAUUGACUAUUUCAAAAACUGUACCACAAUCAGUGGGGAUCUCAUAUUCCUUCACGUAUCAUUUAAAGGUGAUGUAUAUACACAUACUCCUCCUUUAGACCCAAAGAAAUUGGAUAUUUUUCGAACAGUUAAAGAAAUAACAGGGUUUUUGUCAAUCCAGGAUUGGCCAGCAAAUGCCACUGACUUGAGUGUUUUUGAAAAUCUAAAAGUUAUACGAGGCAGAACAAAACAAAUGGGCCGGUAUGCUCUUGCUAUCAGUUCCUUAGAUAUAAAACAAUUGGGUUUGCGGUCUCUCAAGGAAAUAAGCGAUGGAGAUGUUGUCAUUAUGAGAAACAAGAACCUAUGCUUUGGUAAUACAGUAGACUGGACUACACUUUUUGUGACAGAAAAACAGAAUAUAAAAAUUGCCCAGAACAGAAAUGAAAGUUCAUGUGCUGCUGCAAGGCAGGUUUGUGAUCCACUCUGCUCACCUGUGGGCUGCUGGGGCCCAGGUCCCACCCAAUGCUAUUCUUGCCAUCACUUCAUUCGUCAGCAGGAGUGUGUAAAGGAAUGCAAUGUAAUGCAGGGGGAACCUCGGGAAUUUAUAAGAGAUUCUGAAUGCCUUCAAUGCCAUCCAGAAUGCCUGGUGCAAAAUUCAACUAAAACUUGCACAGGACCUGGUCCAGACAACUGCACCAAAUGUGCCCAUUUAAUAGACGGCCCUCACUGUGUUAAAUCAUGCCCUGCUGGGAUCAUGGGUGAAAAUAGUACUUUAAUCUGGAAAUAUACAGAUGAAAAUUCAGUGUGCCAGCCAUGUCAUCCAAAUUGUAUUCGUGGAUGCAAAGGACCAGGACUUGAAGGUUGUCCUAUUGGCUCGAAGGUCCCAUCAAUUGCUGCUGGAGUUGUUGGAAGUAUUCUUGGCUUAGUUGUUAUAGCAUUGGGCAUUGGUCUCUAUGUACGCAGGCGUCACAUUGUUCGGAAACGUACUUUGCGCAGGCUGCUACAAGAAAGAGAGCUUGUUGAGCCCCUGACUCCCAGUGGUGAGGCACCAAACCAAGCACUCCUAAGAAUUCUAAAGGAAACGGAAUUAAAAAAAGUCAAGGUUCUUGGUUCUGGCGCUUUUGGUACUGUCUUUAAGGGACUGUGGAUUCCAGAAGGGGAGAAGGUUAAAAUUCCUGUGGCCAUUAAGGAAUUGAGAGAAGCCACGUCCCCCAAAGCCAACAAAGAAAUUCUUGAUGAAGCCUAUGUAAUGGCAAGCGUAGACAACCCCCAUGUGUGCCGUUUGCUGGGAAUUUGCCUCACAUCUACAGUCCAGCUCAUCACACAACUUAUGCCAUAUGGGUGUCUUCUUGAUUAUAUCCGAGAGCACAAGGAUAACAUUGGAUCCCAAUACCUUCUCAAUUGGUGUGUGCAGAUUGCAAAGGGAAUGAAUUAUUUGGAAGAACGUCGUUUAGUACAUCGUGAUUUGGCUGCCAGGAAUGUUCUAGUUAAGACUCCUCAACAUGUAAAGAUUACUGACUUUGGACUGGCAAAAUUGCUUGGCGCAGAAGAAAAGGAGUACCAUGCAGAAGGAGGAAAAGUUCCUAUUAAGUGGAUGGCUUUGGAGUCUAUUCUGCACCGCAUAUAUACCCAUCAAAGUGAUGUUUGGAGUUAUGGUGUCACUGUCUGGGAAUUAAUGACAUUUGGAUCAAAACCAUAUGAUGGCAUCCCGGCCAGUGAAAUUUCCUGUGUCCUGGAAAAGGGGGAGAGGUUGCCCCAGCCUCCAGUUUGUACAAUUGAUGUCUACAUGAUCAUGGUCAAAUGUUGGAUGAUUGAUGCAGAGAGUCGUCCCAAAUUUCGGGAACUGAUAGCAGAAUUCUCCAAAAUGGCUCGGGACCCACAGCGCUAUCUGGUUAUACAGGGAGAUGAAAGAAUGAACCUACCAAGCCCAACAGACUCAAAAUUUUACCGUAGCCUCAUGGAAGAAGAGGACAUGGAAGACAUUGUGGAUGCAGAUGAAUACCUUAUUCCACACCAAGGAUUUUUCAGCAGCCCAUCAAAUUCCCGGACACCUCUCCUAAGUUCACUGAGUGCUACUAGUGAUAAUUCUGCACCUGUAACCUGCUUGGAUAUUAAUGGGGUACAUCGAGUGAGAGAAGACAGCUUUAUCCAGCGAUAUAGUUCAGACCCAACUAGAAGUUGCCUGGAUGACAGUCUGGAUGAUGGUUUUCUACCUGCUCCAGAAUACAUGAACCAACUGGCAGCCAAACCCCCAUCUGUUUCUGUCAUGCAAACCCCAGUCUACAACAAUUUCUCCCUUCCAAUUGAGCCCAACCAUGUGGUUGAUUCAAACCAUCAGAAUCCGCACAACACAGCACUGGAUAAUCCAGAAUAUCUCAACACAAGCCUCUCUCCUUUUGCUAAUACAAUUUUUGACAGCUCCCCCUUUUUGGGCCAGAAAGACAACCCCCAAAUCAAUCUGGAUAAUCCGGAUUAUCAGCAAGAUUUCUUGCCCAAUGAGACCAAAUCUAAUGGCUUCCCUAAGAUUCCUACAGCCGAGAAUCCAGAAUACCUACGGGUAGCAACAGGAAAAAGUGAAUACAUUCAAGCCUCAGCGUGACCUCUGAGGGAAAGACUGCUUGUGGCACCAGCAACAAGACCAGGAAUGCAGGCCAUGUUCCUGGCUGCUGUAGAAAGGAAUUCUGAUUAGAUGAAAGAGCAAUUGAUGUCAGAAUGUGCAUUUUCUUCAAGGCGUGUUUAUGGAUUUUAACAGGCUUGCUUAGUACUUCUCUUACCUCUAUCAAUUGGGAAGAUGCAAUGUACAACAAAGAGAUAACAUCCAGGAAAUUAGAAGUCAGUGUUGCAUUCAUUCUUUUCUUAACUCACUAAAGAAUUGCAAUCUCUCAAUGCAAUGCAGUUGCAGCAUCCACUUUAAAUGAUUCAAUGUUCUGUAUUUUGUAAAAUGUUCUUUGGAACUUUUAAGUCCUUUAUAACAUCAAGACAACCAGAUACUGAACUGCUUGGUGCCAGAUGGAUCUUUGUUGGAGUUAAGAGACAUUUUUCAUAGGGGUUUUUUUUUCAGCUGCACUGACAAGCAUCUGAAGAUCUAAAGAAAAAGUUGUUGGUAUGCAUUGGUCCAGCUUUUGAAGCGCCAGCUUCAUUUAAUAUUUUGGUAUAUAAAUGAGGAGAAAGGGAUAUUUGGGACAGAAGUGAUUCUGCUUAAGACAUUUCUUAGAACAACUGAAUCUGACUGAGAGAAUCUGUCUAGCAGAAGAACUCACUUACAGCACUCACUGCCAACUAACCACUACUGUUUCGUCACCAGAACUUUGCAGUUUGAAGAUAUUGUUCAGAAAUGCAUAUGAAGUGCACAACAGACUAGCCACUUAAAUCUUCAGUGAAAAUGAAAACAAUGGGUUUUGUUUGUUUAUUCACUUCUCUCUUUUUUCUGGCCCCAUUGCUUUCUCUGGAGCUGUGACAACAGGUGUAAAAUCUUAAAAAGCUAUACAUGGAAAUUCUUAUUUUUUGGGAAAAGGCUUGGUGCUUGGAUUUAUAUAGGGGGAUUGAAAUUUAUCUGAAGUACCUUAUGCAAACCCUACAAAAGUCACCAUUUGUUCCAUUCCUAAAGAAGUCAGUACAGGAGAAUUCCCUUUCAUUCAACAGCUAUUGCAUCGAGGAGAAAAAAAUUCAGACCAAAAUCCAAUCCUUUAUUGAGGCUUGUAUCUUUUCGCUUGUAUAUUACAAAUAAAAUACAGAUUUAUAAACAAUACAACCACAUGAACAAGGCAGGGGCAGAAAUGGAAAUGGGGAUUUAUUAUCUUUAUCUGUUUACUGAAAUUCACCACAAAUGCAUUGCUGCUAGAAACGUUUAAAGCCAGAAAUUAGAGAAAAUAUGUGAUUCCCAUGCAGUCUAUGUUGGUCUAAAAAGUAAACUCUACUGAGUUCAGUGGGAUUUCCUGCACCCCUAGCACCUACACUGUGAAGGAUUCUAGCCUUAGUUUUGUUAUUAUGUAGAUUCUUUUGUUGCCUCUUAUGGACAAAAAAAAUGACAGCCAAGUCAUUGUUAAAAUUACGCUUUUUUAUUAUGCACAGAAGAUACUGCACCAGAAAGUUUAAUAAUUUGGGCUGAAAACUGUGAUCGUAAUGAGAACGAGAUGGAGAGGAAGAACCAUGUGAAAGAGAAUAAAAUUAAGCUGUCUGGCCCAUUGGGAUUGUAUAUUCAAGGCUAGCUUUUAUGGUUUAAAAAUAUAUAGCCAUGAUACCAUAACACUUAACAAAAAUACUCUUCUGUUUAAUACAAUUAAGAGAAAUGGUUAAACUAGAGCAUCUAUGACAGGAUUAAACAAUUACCUCCAGCAUUUUUUAUUAUUUAUGAUUUAUGCAUCUUUUUACCUAAAGCUUUCCCCCCUCAAACUAACAUUAUCAUAAUGUUGCUUCUUAAAGAUAGGCACUGAAUCUGUGACGUUUUUGCUAAGGCAGCAAGACAUUUCCCCAAAACCUAGCCGAAACAUUGAAAACAUUACCAAGUUGGCACACCUCAGCUUUGUUGCUUUAUUGAUUUCCUAAUGCUACUUAUACCGAAACACAUUUUCAUACAAUCAUAGAGACCACAAAGGCCAUCCAAUCCAAUACCCUGUCAUGUAGGAACACAGAAUCAAAGCGCUCCCAAAAAAUGGUCAUCCAGCCUUUGUUUUAAAACAGUGAUUCCCAACCUUUAGGCCUCCAGGUGUUUUGGACUUCAGCUCCCACGCUUCCUAACAGCUGGUAAACUGGCUGGGAUUUCUGGGAGUUGAAGUCCAAAACACCUGGAGACCCAAAGGUUGGGAACCACUGCUUUAAAAGCUCCAGAAAAGGAGACUCCACCAUACUCCAUGGAAACAUAUUCCACUGCUGGACAGUUCUUACCAUCAGGAAGUUCUUCCCAAAAGUUGAGGCAGAAUCUCUUUUCCUGCAGCUUGAAUCUAUUGUGUCAUGCCCUAUUUAGAGCAGCAGAAAACAACUCUGCCCUUUCCUCAGUGGCAUUUUUUUCAGAUAUUUAAACAUGGCUAUCAUGUUUAAUUUGAAUUAAACUUAAGUAGAAUUUGAGUUUAUUUUAACCCCAGAAAAUCAUUUUCUUGUAAAACACAUCUAUACUUAGAUUCUUUAAAAAUACAUGUGUUAUUACAGGGCAGUUUGGCAUAUUCUCUUUUUCUUCAAUGGUGAGAAGUUGUUCACUUAAUGCACCAUUGCAUGGUGAUUUUUCCUUUUGCUACAUUAAAUUCUGGACCUGGUCUUUCAAGUGGUUAAUCACAAUGAAGACAUUACACUUUUCCUACAUUUUGUUCAAUGUCUUAUCCUUGGAGUUUCUUGUCUGGGAAAUAUGAAAGUUGUUGAAGUCAAUUGAUUGUUCACACCAAUACGUUUGUUAUUUCUGCAUGCAUCCAAGUCUGCUCUGUUGUUUUCAAGGAGUAAGGUUCCCCAUGCACUACAGGAGGAUUACAUCAGUGUCUUCCCUCCCAGGAAGUAGAGUUUUUAAUGUUCCUUCCUUGUGAGUUUGGGCUUCUAACUCUGUCCCCAUAAACUUUGUGGGAAAGCAUUCCCAUAUCACUGGAGUAAUAGCAAGAGGAGUCAUUGGGAGGUUUUCUGCCCUUGCUUAAUACAAUUGGCAUAUAUUCAUAGAAUGAUAUCCCUAGGUGUCUCUGAUUCUUUAAAGAAAAAUUGCUAUUUCAUUUUACAAACCUGAGCUUAAUGAGAAAAUCAGUAUUUAAAUCAGUCUUGUGUCCAAGAUGUGUUGAAUAUUGGCAGCCUCACAUAUUAACAAACCUAAGGCAAAAUUCAUCACAUGGUUAGGAGAAAGAGGUUACACAGAUCUGCCAUCAACAUUUAUUGAUGUUCUGAUUGGGUUGUGUAAGGAAGGAGAAUUGUCUACAUACAAGCAGAACAUAAAUAAUAUGUAGAAUGCUGAUCUUCUCUGGGGUUGUUAUGUGAGAAUUGUGUCAUAGGGGUGUCAAAUAAAUGCCCUUUUUCGUGUGUAAGGACUUAAAACCAAAAGAGACUGAUCAUAUUCCAGCCAUCUUAGGUACAAUUGAUUAUGGCUGUACUUUCUAACACUAAUGUAGUCAUCUAAGAAGCUGGAAUACCUUUCAUAUGCAUUGCAGAAGGUACAGUUAAUUGUUUCCUAUACUUGAAAAGUGUGUGUGCAAAAUAUAUAUGUCCCACAUGAUUACUAUCCACAGCUUCCCCUGCAUGUGUGCACCAGCAUUGUAACAGGAGCAGAAGCUCAGUUUCAGAAAUGGCUAGAAUAUCUUCCAUUUGUUGAUAAGGUACAGCACAUAAAAGGUUCCUAUGGCAUCAUCCUAUGCAAUCAUUCCUACAGUGGAGUCGCAAUGCCAAUCUUUUCACCAAAGAAGCAGGUUAACAUCUGGCUAUUCGUAAAACAGCCUGGAACAUAAGACUCUUUUCAUUUCCUGACAAGCAUUUCGCUCUGGGGAUUUUUGGACAUUCAGAAUGGGCAAAAAGACAAGACUGAUACCUACCUCUUCAAUGUCAGCUGUUGUUAACAUUGUUCUGAGUUUUUCCUUCUAUAAUUUUUAUUUCUCUGUGAGAAUAUAUUUUAGUCAGAGCAAAAUGAGGGUUCUCUUUUCUGUUUGCACCUCCUAAUUUUUUUAAAGUGUUUAGUAAAACUGUUGUGAACGACAUAGAAUUCCAGUGCCAGAGACAAUAUUUUCAAGUUUUUAUAAUCUUAAACCAUUUAAUUGUGAUUUUUUUCCUUAUUGAAAUACCAUGUUUAUUUGUUUUCCCAAUGAUGUUUGGUUCUAAUAUCUGACUUCCUAAAAAGUCUUUUUGAGAAAAAAUAUUUUUAAAAUACUGCAAUAAUCUUUUUAUAUUAAAAAUGGGCUGUUGGGACCAAAGAUAUUGUCUCAUUUUCUUGCUUUUUAUUCAUUAAUGCAAUUCAGUGUAUCACAGUUAUCAUACAUUCUUAUUAUUGUAAAUUUUAAAAGCUCUUAGCUAUGUACUGGCACAGGCUCUAUAGCGCAUCUCUUUUUCAAACCAUGAAUUAAGGAACGCCUGGAACAAUUUCAGCUAUGAGAAGCAAAACAAAUGCUUGUUACAGCCAGAUCUUUUUUCUUAUUUGAAUAUAAAUGUCAGUAUAAAUGUCAACAUUAAAAUAUGGCCAGCCUACAAAUGUCCAAAAGGUCACUACACUAAGUUAAGAAAGUUACUUUGAAAAUAUUCAUAUUAGAAUAUGAUUUAAUUCAAAAUACAGUAGAGACUCACUUAUCCAACAUAAACGGGCCGGCAGAACAUUGGAUAAGCGGAUAUGUUGGAUAAUAAGGAGAGGUUAAGGAGAAGCCUAUUAAACAUCAAAUUAGGUUAUGAUUUUACAAAUUAAGCACUAAAACAUGUUAUACAACAAAUUUGACAGAAAAAAAUAGUUCAAUAUGCAGUAAUGCUAUGUAAUAAUUAUUGUAUUUACGAAUUUAGCACCAAAAUAUCAUGAUGUAUUGAAAACAUUGACUACAAAAAUGCGUUGGAUAAUCCAGAACAUUGGAUAAGCGAGUGUUGGAUAAGUGAGACUCUACUGUACUACUUUUUAUUAUGGAUAGCGCAGCAAAACCCUGACUGUGUUCAGUAUUUACAUCUGUACAAUAUUGUGUGUUAUCCAUACAUGUGCAUUUACUUUUGUGUUAAUUUAUGCCCCAGCAGUUCUAGUUGAGAUUUGUAUUUGAACAAUGAAACUUCUCACACUUGUCGGUGACAAUCAUUUGUUUGAGAACACAAACUAUAAUUCUUGGGUGGAUGAAUUUCUUAUGUUUAGUAGUACUUCGAGUUUAGUAAUGUCAAAACCAAAAAAUGAGUUUCAUAAUCCCGGUUUCAUUUCAACAUGAAUUAUAUUAGAGCAAUGCACAGGAUGUUCAAGCAUUCUGGUUCUUCUAGGAUUUGGAAUUCUCGAAACUCCCAUAAAAUGAACAGGCUGUAAAUUGUCAUUGUUUGAAUGAAGAAAUGUAUUUUGCUGCUGUGUGUCCUCAGUACAGGGGAAAGUAGAACAAAAAUAUAGCUUUUUUAUCAGAUAUGUAGUUUUGUUGUAGCAAAAGUAUUAAUCUUUUAUAAUUACCUACAACAUUGAAUACAGUUGUAACUACCCUUUGAUUUUAAAAGGAACUGUGUGUGAAAUGCUUCUAAAAAUUAUUUUUUCCCUGCCCCUAGUCACUUUAUGUGCAAUAAGAGGCCAUUUAAGAUUUGGUUUACAUAUCCUAAGCCACUUAUGGAAAGAAGCUCUACUGAAAGAACAGAGAACUUUGUGCAUCUUAAUUUUUCCCACUAUACUACUCAGGAAAGACUUAAUUUUCAUUUUCCUCUACCCCACAUGACAUCUAACGUGAACGGUGUGUAAUAUUAUGGGUAGAGGUAGAGAAAUUCAGGCCCCCGGGAUGAAUAUGAGCCUUGUGAGACUCCACAUGGUAACCUGAUAUGAUUGUUUCUAGGCCUUUUGAAUAUCCUCCCACUCUUUUUAAAGGGUAAAAUGACACUUCUAAGACCUUAAGAACUUUAAACUAGAACAUGCCAGCAUUUUUAACACCCCCUUUGCCUUUGAUCUCACCCAUCAGUGGAAUAUGGUCUCCAAAAUCUUCCCUGAAAAUGAAAUCGCUCUCAGAUGAAAACAGGUUCCUUGCUCUUAUUAAGGUGUGGAGAAACCAUCAGCUUCUAUGCCCUGAUCCACUAAGGCAAUUGUGUACAAAAGCCCACCUAUUUCCCAUUUAAGUGGAUGGCUACAUUCAGUGGGGAUGAGGUUGGGAUGCACAUUUCCUACAAACAGGGCCUCAAGGUUUCACAUGACUAGAACUGAUGGAAGGAUGGAUGUAUAAAAAGCCUGUGGAACUAAUGUCAAGUCUGUAUCAAUUAUAUGAUGUUGCAAUAAUUUUGUAUAUGACUUUGCCUAAAUGAUUUAAUAGUGUAUCUUUAACUGUAGGGUCCAAACCUCCUUUCUCUGUUGCUAAGCAUUGUAAAUGCAUCUAUGAAAGCACAAUUUGUAUAAAUAAAUGUCACAUUUUGUAUUAUUGAUUUUUAAAAUGUUGAUAAAUGUUAUUUUGUAAAUUAAGCAAUAAAAGGAGCGAGAUGUGAA